GGUAAAGACGACCUAAUGAGUUUCAGGUAAUCCAUAUUCAUCCGCUCUGAGUUCCUGCCUCACGCGCAGUGAAGGGAGCGGAACCCGGAUGGAACUGUCAUGGCUGCCGUCACCGACCUGCCAGUCUAAAGAAAAAAAGAGGAACCUUUAUUCCAAAGCAUGGAUGUUGACCUGACAACAUCAGAUGAUCCCCCUGAAAGCCAUGACCAGAGCCAGGAUGAUGAAACCUCAUUGGACCACAGUUUGCCUCUUGAGUUGGCACAUCAGCUUCCCGAAACAGCCUCUUGCAAUGAGCAUUGUGCCCAAGAUGAAGCCUCCCAUGAGGAGUCAACCACUGAUAAUCUUCAAGUAGACGGAAAAGCUUCUGGAAAGACUCCAUGUAAGAUGCAGCAGGGUGCAAUCUUCUCUGGAAAAAUACUGAGUUUUUGUUGCUCAGAAUGCAAAGAUGACACCACUUACAGCCCUAACGACUUGCUGAAACAUUUUCAAGGUACACACAAGGGUACUCUUCCAACUUAUCCUUGUGAUCUCUGCUUGUUUGUCACCAAUGAAUUCUCAUCUCUUCAACGUCAUCGCAUCGGACAUCGGAACACUUUGGUCACGUGUGAGAUUUGCAACGAUGGGGUGCAGUAUUCGCUUCUUUUGCUCACAAGGCACUUUACCAACUGCCACAGCCGUAAUGGACAGUUUCGCUGUAAAAAGUGUGACUUCUCCACUCGAGAUGCAGGAACCUUUGUUCAACACAUUCAUCAUCACAAUGAACGUAAUCACAAAUGUGUGAAAUGUCCGCAUGGUAGCCCCACACAAGGGGAGCUUCAGAGGCAUAAUGUGGUGCAUUCUGGGACUUUUCCUUUCUCUUGUCAGAUUUGUGGAUAUAGUGCAGCUCGCAGAGAGUACCUGAACAAACAUCUUACUGUGGCACAUGGUGAGGAGAUGAACAAGUGGAAAACAAAUGAGGACAAUUCAGAAGUAAAACAGUUGCUUAAAAAGUCUCCUCCAGUUGGAGGAUCCAGAGAACCACAGUGGAUGUCAAAACUUAACUCAAUCCCUGGUAUAGGUCUGCUUGAUCAUAAAGGUAGGUCGUUUAAUCCUGAAAAAAACUUGGAGGAGACCCAGCAGUUCCUAGAAAGAGCUGUUGGGGUUAAAAAAGAGAGUAUUAAAUGGACAAAGUCUACCCUAAACAGUGAGCCGCAAACUUUGCAACUCAUUCCAUCAACAACGCCACAAACAAAGUUACAAGAGCUUGAGAUUAGUCCAGGUCUUCUGAAUUCAACCAACAGCAAUGGACUGACUGUUCUGAUGGUGAAGAAUAAAAUUUCUGUUCCACCGAACUGCACCACUAAAGUCAUGGGCUUUAAGAUGGUAGAUGGAAAAAAACAUUUAGUUCUAAAAGUCAUACCGACAAAACAAGAGGACUCCACCGAAAAUGAGGUUUCUGAUUCACACAUCGGUGACGACGAAGAUAAAAUGACCAACAGCUCCUGCUCUUCAUCUUCACCAAGCAUAGGAUCUCUCCUCAGUUUAGAAUCAGGAGAAUCAAAUGAGACGUCUUCAAUAAAAGAAGAGUCACAGGAAGUUGAAAAUCACAUUGGCAACCAUUUCCCAUUGACAGAAGAGCACAAAGUUAGCUUUGAGAGUGCAUGUAAAACAGGGCAGGAUAAUGUCUUGCAUAGUGUUAAAGUACUGUCUGCAACAUCUAAAGAUGCUGCAAUUUCCCAGUGUCAAAGCCGUCAAUCCAAUGGGAGGUCAUCACCUCAUAUUCAUGACGUAUCGUUCCUGUGUUCAAGUGAGAAAUGCUCCACUGAUGAUAACCAGAUAGCCAGAACACUUCCUGUUUCAACUUCAGAGCUUUCAUCCACUGAUUCUGAGACCAUGCUUUCUGAUCUGCAGAUGGCUGAAAUAGAUUCAUCUAGAUAUAAGGCUACAGCCUUAGCUUCAAUUUUGGAUGAAUCCUCAGGAUCACAGUCGCCUGCUGAUGAAACCACAGGUCAUGAUGCAGUUUCUGAUUCAAAAUCAGACCCUGAAAUGUCUGUAGAAGUCAAAUCCACAAACACUGAUAUCCUGAAAUCUAAACUUCCAUCAAAAACUACUGUAUAUGCAACAUUUUCAGUGCUGUCGGAGAAAUCUCUUAUCCAGGAACCUCUAUUCAGCUCAAAAUGUGGUGAACCACUUGAGAAUAGCAUUGAAACAAACUCUCCUAUUAAAAGACCUGUCAAGAAUAACAUCCUUGAUUUAGUGGGUAAAGAAGGGCAGGACUCUGGUUCUGACAAAGUUGAGACCAUAUGUACGAUGACUGACCUUAAGACCUCUGACACAGAAGUUGGAGAGAGGUCUCAAUUUUACUCAAAUGCUCAUUAUUGCAGGAGUGGUACUCCAGCCUCAGACAGCAUUGUUGUAAAGUCCUCUGAAGUAACUAAAAAUGAAGCCACAGAGGCAAACUUGCAAAAUGAAACUAGUAAAAGUGAAUCAACUGAAGCCAAAGAUUGUAACAAAGAAGUUGAAAAUAACUUGCUCAGUUCCCCAAGUCAAGAGGUCUUUAGUUUCCACAAUUAUUCUAAAGAUACCUCUGGGAGCUCUCCUGAUUCAUUGCUGCCUGAGGAAGACUCACCGCAGGGGCUGGAGGAAGAAGAGUGUGAGGAGGACUUUGGUGAUUGGAGCUUAACUCUGCCAGCAUCGCCGCCUCUUCCAACUGAAGAAGAUAGCAAGGGAGGGGCUAAUGAGAGUGAUCCGGUCUCUGAAAGUGGAGAGAAAGCAUUAGAGAGAGUGUCAGAUAGUGAUAUUGAGGUCGAUGAGUGCAUAGCUACUGUCGAUGAUUCACUUGUUCCUGUGAUUCCAGAAAAAGGAAGUUGUCCACCGGCACUAGAGGAGAAACAGGAAGGUAUCACCAUUGCAACCGAGAAUGCAGCGGCAAGCUUGAGAAGUGCAGCUGAUUUGGGCAAGAUACUUGAAAAGCACUCAGAUGCCAUCAUCAGCCAGCAGCUUGAAAAAGAAAGAAAGAGGUCUUCGGUUACAGCACAGGAAACUGUUAGGCCGACCAAAACCACACUUCGGAUCUUGCAGACACCUGAAGGAAAACAGCAGAUGUUCCUUCAAACCACAGACACUCCAUAUGCUGUGCCAGUUCAGCUGAAAAGUGGAGCCGGGUUCAAGCUAAUUACUAAAUCCUGUUCUCCCAACAUUAAUGUGUCUUAUGUGAAACCCGGGAUUGAGAUGGCCAGCAAGGCUACAGGAGUAGCUCUCACUUUAAAUGGAGGCAGAAUUGGCAUGUCUGCACAAAGUUCCAAUCUUGAAACUAAAGAUCAAGCAUCUGCCCAGAUGGCACAGAGUGGCAGUGGAAACCGCUACUUCGUCAGUGCUUCUGCUCUUAAAACAUCUCUUCUCUUAUCAGGUGCUGUCAAGUCCCCAUCUGGAGAACCCGUGAGCAACGUGCCACAGACUUGUUACUUAGUUCAGAGACCACUCCCUGUUACCUCUGUUAGUAGUGAGUCAAGUGGUUCAAGUUCUAAGACUGUGCUUUCAACUUGUCCUGUAUUGGCCAUGCCUGUGAAUUCAGCAGAUAAAACCAGUCCUAUGCAGACUGGGAGACAAGCUUACUUGGUUCGAUAUCUUUCUCCUGCUAAGUCAGGUAUACUUUUGAACAAUUCAGACAGGAAAAAUUUGAACCAGGGCAGGGUAAAUGAGGGUGUCAAAAACAGGGUUUUCCUUAAGGUAGUAAGAGGUCCUAAUGGCACUAGAUUUCUUUCCACUGCUCCAUACACCACAGACAAAAAGUCAGUAUACCUUGCCACAAGCUCUUUGCAGUCACCUUGUUUGUUAAUGUCUUCAAAUAAAUCUUUAACCAGCGUGUCGUCAGGUCUUGAAACCUCGACUAAUUCACUUCACAAACUCAUCCCCGCAUCCCAGUUUAAACACAUUCUACCCCAGUCCAAUGUUCAAAUCAAAAGCAGGUCUGAUCAUGAUGUAGCAUUACAGAAGGUGCCGCAUGUUCCCGGUUCCAUCCGUCCACGAAGCCAAAGGAAACGGAGGCGAAGGGCUUUGUUUGAGGAAAUGCUGGAGAGCUCCUCCAAAAUGAGGAGAAUCUCAAGCAAGUUGUCUGCUGAGAAAGACGCCAUCUCAAUUUGGGAGCCUGUUGCAAAAGAUGUUGUAAGAACGCUGAGACUCUGUCCCUUUAGUCCACUUCAAGAAAUCAAACGUCCCCAUCGAAACCAGCCUGUGGUUGUGCUGAACCAUCCGGAUGCAGACAUUCCUGAAGUAGCUAGCAUCAUGAGGUCCGUGAACAAAUACAAAGGUGAAGUUCUCAAAGUGGCUUUGUCCCAAAAUACAGUUAAAGCCCUCGCCGAUCCUCCAAGAACACCUUCAAAGCAGAAUGCUUCCAUUGGCAGUGGGGGUGAAAGAAUAAGGCCAGUAGGUGUUGUUCAAGAAAGAUUCUUUCUGAAACUAAAGUUAAAAAAGACUAGCAGAAAUAAAUAUGAGGUGGUGAGGUCCUCUUCUUCUGGUUCAGAGCAGCAGUCAACAUUUUGUUGCUGGUUUUGUGGCCGAGUUUUCAACAACCAAGAGGACUGGAUCGGCCAUGGUCAACGGCAUCUAAUGGAGGCAACAAGAGACUGGAAUAAGCUGCUGUAAUGCAAGUACACAGCCCAUGGAUUGGGUUCAAAUGCCAUCCUUCAUUGUAGAAAACAGACUUUUUGUAAUCUUUUCUUCUUUUAAUAGUACAAUAAGAUAAAGUUAACCUGUCGAUGAUAUUUUUCCAUAGAAUUCUCUUCAGAAGCUUUUAAAUGUUUCAGUGUAAUAGAGAAGAGUUAGGUACCUGAAAUGAGUUUGUAUGUAAAUAAUUUUCACCUUUUGUAUAUUUAAAUCUAAACCCUUGAGUAUGUAUAGAACGGAACUGUGAAAAUUGGACACACUGUAUGUUUAUGGUGCAAGCAGAAAGAUCACUGGUAUAAGAUGGUGCUGUCUCUUAUAGACCUCUUUUAAUGCAGACAAUUGAAUUGAUUUCUCAGGUAAUUCCAUCAUUUUUGAGUGCGUGAAUGGUCCAGUUCAUAAAUAAUUAUCUCUCAUUCUGAAGCUGUGUUUGAUAGUUUAAGUUGGCUACAUAUGUCAUGCCUACAUCACUGAACCAAUUUUGAUUUCCAAUUAAUGCAAAUUUUAAAGGGAUAGUUCACCCAAAAAUGAGUUAAAUUUUCUCACCCUCAUGUAGUUCUAAACCUGUGCAACGUUUUCUUCUGUGAAACACACACACACAAAAAUACAUUCUGAAGUGUAUAUCACAAGUUUUUGUUCAUGCAAUUAAUGUGAAUGAGGUCAAAGAAAGUCUUACAGGUUUGAUGUGACAUUAGGGUGGGUAAAUGAUGAUGGUGUGAACAAUCAAAGUAUUAUUUAGGAAUUUUGAGAGGCAUGAUAUUGCCUAUAAACAAACCCAGCUGGUUCCUGUGGAAACCAUCCUGUUAAAAUUGUGUCCUUUUACCAUUAAUAUUCUGUAUUUGUUCUCAUAUUGUUUCUUCGGGUCAGUUUCAUGUUUUGCUGGUUCCAUCCAUGCAUCUCCCUUCAUUAUGUCAAAUCAGACCCGGUGUCAUUUCAGUAGCAAUAAUGGACUUUAUAAUAGUUGGAAUUUUUCUCUGUAAAGGUGUUCUGAACCUUCAUCUGUUAGUUAUGGCUUUGGUGCUUUUUGUUGUCUUUUUUCACAUUUGAAAUGAAGUAAUGCACCUGUCAAUGUACUAUUAUUCUUUACAAAAAAGAUAAAAAGAUAAAACAGGAUGUAUUGAGAUGCAAGCCAACAAACCUCAAAAAGCCAACCAAACACUAACUGUAUUUUCAUUUUCUGUAAUACUUCAGUGCCUCAUUCUGCCUCAAAGUUUUAACAAGAGGGUGUGUUUUUCAUGAUAAAGUCCAGAUUUGUAAGAUUCUUGUGUGCUUAGCAGAGUUCAAAGUUUAAGUUGUGACCAUUCAUCCUCGCUACAUUGAUUUUUGUUUUCAACUGAUUUGUAAACCGUAAAAUUAGGAGUCAAGACUUCCCUAACUAUUUUUAGACACUAUUUUCCCAUUGAUAGUAUGAAUAUCAAGCCUUUUCAGUGUAUGUUCCAUAGAAACAAUUGGUUACUGGUUUACAUCACAAAUUGAGUUUAAAACACAAAUCAAAACAAAGUUGAGAUGGUCACCUGUUUUCGCAGUUAUAACAUUCAGGAUAUCCUUUGCAUCAAAAGCUCGGUUUACUAUUUCAAUGUUAUGCAGCUUUUCAGCACUGUCGAGAACUGAUGGUGUACUCAGUGGUGCUUUUAAUCUGAGUCUGCUGAUUUUUUAUAAGUUUAUUUUAUAGAAUUUCUUUUAAAUCUAAUCUACACAAAGUCCUCAAGUUCUCCGAUCUGCCACACUUAAGACUCCCUGAGAGAUCUCUCUUAUUGUAGGGACAGAUGUAUUCAUUUGUCUGUGUCCUUUAAUUGUUCUUUGUCUUUUGUGCUUGAAAGAGGCUUUGAUGGCAGAUUAGUAAUUAUCCAUCCUUGAUUUAUGUAGCUAGUGUCCAGUGUUUUAUAGUUUUCAGAAUAAGUUUUUUUUUUAUUAUUAUUAUUAUUUUUUUUCUGAAGCUUUACUUUCCUGUGUUUGGUCCGUUCAUUUUGUUUCUAACACAUGAGAAUGUUGUUGGCCUAUAAAGUUUUCUUUUCAGUAUUCACUCUGUAUUCUUGUCACCCUUCUUGUGACAUGACAAUCACUGUUAUACAUGAAAUAGUGGAGUUGUUUAUGCAAAACCAUAACAGUUGACUAAUAUUCAGCUCAAAUGGCCUAACUUGCAACAAGUCACGCCACGAAUGAGCAAAAAUAUAGUCCUCACUCAGACACUUGUCAACCAAAUAAUGUUUGUCCUUAAGCAAAAAUGUUCUUCCUUCUUUCCUUCGUUGUUGUAUUGCCCAUGUCAGACAGCUUUUAUUGGGAUUUGAGAGACAAGUUUAUUUUUUUAUGCUAAGUGCCUAAAAUGUGAUGCACCAGGUUGACACUAUAUUGUACUGUAUUUACCUCCUUGCAGUUCCUUCUUUAAUAAAUGUAAAUACCUUUGAAAGA